AUGUUGGCCGAGCCUGACUUCGAGACGCACGCAGCGGCCGAGGCUAUCGGCGAGUCUUCCUCCAAAGGAGGAGAUGCGACUGAUGUGUUCCAGCACUUCGCCAACGCGUCUGUGCACUUGCAAGAGCUUGCGAAGCUUUUACGGGACAUCCAGGCAGAGAGUCCACCGAUUUCCUCGAGAUCCGCUGACGAAGCGAGCCGACAGGAGGCUGGAGAUGGAUUGGUGCCAAUGCUGCACCUGCCCUGCGUCAAGGACAUGACUGCAAGUGGGGGCGAGCCCCUGGAUCUCGAGACAUCUUGCAGCUUCAAGACGGAGGGCUUGUUGAGCAUGUCAGAUUCUCUGACGUUGUCAGCCUCCCCAACUGGAGUGGAUGAGGAGGCUUGUGCAGCUGGCACCUCAGCACCUCCACCAGCGGAGGAGACUCCUGCGGCUGGAAGUGGGAGCGCCCUCGAGGGAUUCGAGGGCGCACCUCCUGCGCCAGCAGAGGCUGCGCUGAAGGCUGUGCCUUCGGCAGAUGCGACGCUGCUGCCUGCCAAGGAGGCUGCCGAGUCAGCAGGUGACGAAGCGGGAGACCACCCAGGGGGUGCACCCCCAGCGCCGCCUGAGGCGAUGCUGAAGGAGGCUUCCGCAGAAGCUGUAGCGCCUGCCGAGGAGACUGCAGUCGACGCGGCUGGAGGUGGGAGCGCCCUCGAGGCAUUCGAGGGUGCACCUCCAGGGCCAGCAGAGGCUGCGCUGAAGGAGGUGCCUUCGGAAGCAGAUGCGACGCUGCUGCCUGCCAAGGAGGCUGCCGAGUCAGCAGGUGACGAAGCGGGAGACCACCCAGAGGGUGCACCCCCAGCGCCGCCUCAGGUUGGCUCGGAACCUUCCUCGAUCGACCGGCUAGGCGACAAAGAGAAGCGGGCGCUGGCUGCUGCUCAUCAAACGCUUACAGAGAUGGCCAAGCUGCUGCUCGAAGCGACGCUGGCAUCUCCGGAACCGAGUCCCCGGCCAGAGGCCACAGAUGACGAGAGUUCCAUGCUCUGA